CAUUAAAUUGCUGACAGAGGAAAAACUUUGAUUUCAUCCAAACAAUUAACAAUCUCAUUAAACAGUCUAUGAUUUUAUCCCUCUGAUAAUUAGAAAAUCGUUAAUUGUGUCUAACGAAAAAAAAAGUUUUCCAAUUAAUAUUAAUUCUCAUAAAAUAUUAAUCAUUCCAAUGAUAAUAUUCAAUGUUCAAUCAAUUUCAUCACAAUGAUUAACUCAAUUCCCAAUCGGAACAAUUAACAAUUAUAAGGUAAGACAAAUAAAUCCAUUGAUUAUUAUUGAAGAAAAACUUGAUUAACAGUUUCGAUCAUUUUUCUCAUCAUUUAAUCAGUUGAAACAAUUACGACUAUGAAUCAAUUUAACUGUUUAUCAUGAAUUCCUUUUAAAUUGAUCCGAUGAAACUGAAUCGCCUCAAUGAAUUUCAUGAUUUCCAUCGUCAUGAUACUAAACCUUUAUCACCAAAUGCUGAGCAUCUUUUUUUCCUCCUUCAUGGUGAAUGUUGUUCCUGAUUCUGUAUCAUGAACGCACAAUCAGAUCGCAUCCUGAAAAUGUUGAGAAACUCAAUCGAUAGAAUAAGAGAAAAAGAAAGAGAAGAAAAAAAAAUAAUAUUCCAAGAAGAAAAUAAUUUUUCUUGUGAAGCUAAAGAUUCACCUAAAGUUAAGCAUCCUCAUCUUUUCAUCCUCAUCCUCAUCUUCAAAUGUAAUUAUCACAUUUUCUGUUGUUUAUUGUUAAUUAUUAUUAUUGUUUGUAAAUUUUUUCGCCUCAAAUCAAAUUUUAAAUGUUGUGUAGUUACCAAAGAAAUUAAUUUAAUUCAGUUCUGGUUAACAAGUUAACAACUUUCAAUAUAAAUACAGACAAACAAAAUAUCAACAAUGUUAAUCUUCAACCAUUUACCGUUACCUUGUUAUCUAAUUAAAAUGUUAUUGUUAUACAUUAUUGUUAUUUCAUCAAUAGUCCAGCAAAUUGUUUCAUUUCCCAGUGUAAUUAGAAUAGGUGGAUUAUUUAGUGAAGGUGAAGAAGAGCAGGAAUUAGUAUUCAAAUACGCGGUGGAUAGGAUUAACUCUGAUACAACGAUAUUGCCCCGAUCGGCUUUGAUGGCUCAGGUUGAACGUUUCGGUUCAGGUGAUAGUUUCAGAGCUGAUAAGAAAGUUUGUGGCCUUCUUCACACUGGAGUGGCAGCCAUCUUGGGUCCUCUUAGUGGUGUCACCUCAAUGCACGUUCAAUCAAUUUGUGAUGCUCUUGAAAUACCUCACAUUGAAACUCGGUGGGAUAUUUCAUCCCACCGGGAAGAGCUUUCAAUUAACCUUUAUCCUAAACCAGCCGUUCUGGGUCGAGCCUACAUUGACCUGGUCAAAUAUCUCGGCUGGAAACACUUUUGUGUCGCUUAUGAAGAUAAUGAUGGAUUAGUUCGUCUGCAAGAAUUUUUGAAACAAGCUCAAGCUCAUGAUUGGUCAGUUAAAUUUUACAAAUUUCGAUCAGGUAAACCUUAUAGAGAAACAUAUUGGAAAAUUAAAGAAACCAGAGAGACAAAUAUCGUUCUCGAUGUAAAAACUGAGAAUAUAAAUCGAGCUCUUAAACAUGCUCAACAAGUUGGCCUUUUAACUGAGAAUCAUAAUUAUCUGGUAACAUCUUUGGAUCUUCAUACAGUUGAUUUGGAAGAUUUUAAAUUUAGUAAGACGAAAAUUUCAUCAUUCCGGUUAAUUGAUACUUCAUCAACUGAAUUAAUCACUUUACUUGAUGAAUGGAGCUCAAUCUCAACCCGUUAUGGUAGACGGACAAUUAAUCCUCCUGAAAGUAUAAGAACGGAAACAGCAUUGAUUUAUGAUGCGGUUAAAUUAAUGGCCACUGCUUUACAAGAUCUUGACCAGAGUCAAUCAAUUGAUGUAACUCCAAUCUCUUGUGAAAACGGUUUACCUUGGCUUCAUGGAAGCUCAUUACUUAAUUACAUGAGACCGAUCACAUUCAGAGGGAUAACUGGAUUAGUUGCCUUCGAUCAACUUGGAUUUAGGUCAAGUUUCACUCUCGACGUGAUGACCGUUUCUGAGGAUGGAUUACAAAAGAUUGGUAUCUGGAAUCCUGAAGAAGGCAAGGAAUUAACAUUAGCGAUGCCUGGAGGACGUUUCUUUUCAACCCACGCUCUUGAAAAUAAGACCUUCGUUGUCACUACAAUCUUGAAUGAACCUUAUGCCAUGUUGAAAGGUUCGGCACGGGAAAAGUCACAAAAUGAACGAUAUGAAGGUUAUGCAAUCGACCUGAUUGAUGAAUUGUCCAAAAUUUUACACUUCAAGUACAUUUUUCGAGAGGUUAAAGAUGAAGCUUAUGGGACACUCAAUGAGACAACCGGUGAAUGGAAUGGUAUGAUUGGUGAGCUUAUUCGAGGUGAGGCCGAUUUGGCCAUUGCCGAUCUUACGAUUACAUCGAAACGAGAGGAAGCCGUUGAUUUCACCCUUCCUUUCAUGAACACUGGUAUAUCAAUUUUGUUUAGAAAACCAACCAAAAAGGUGACCACCCUGUUCUCGUUUCUAUCACCCUUUUCAAUGGUUGUUUGGGUCUAUGUGGUUGGUGCUUAUGUUGGUGUUUCGGUGAUACUCUUUGUCGUUGGACGAUUAUCACCCUACGAAUGGGAUAAUCCACACCCUUGUCGGCAAGAUGACCAAGUUCUCGAAAACGAUUUCAGUCUUUUGAACAGUUUCUGGUUCACAAUCGGAAGUCUUAUGCAACAAGGUUCCGACUUGGCCCCAAAGUCAAUGUCUACUCGCACCAUCGCUGGAAUCUGGUACUUCUUCACACUGAUCAUGAUCUCUUCGUACACCGCUAAUUUGGCCGCUUUUUUGACCGUUGAAAAAGUUGUCUAUCCAAUCGAAGACGCUAAAGAUUUAUCAAUGCAAACCGAGAUUGAAUAUGGUUGCGUUAAAUCAGGUUCGACCUGUGGUUUCUUUAAGGACUCAAAUUUGUCCGUCUACUCGAGGAUGUAUGAAUUCAUGAUCAGCCAUCCUCAUGUGUUUGCCUCUUCCGGUGGUAAUGGUAAAAAACGAGUUCUCAAUGGUAACUAUGCUUUCCUAAUGGAAUCGGCUUCCAUUGAAUAUGCCAUUGAACGGGAAUGUAAUUUAACCCAAAUCGGUGGACUAUUGGACAAUAAAGGUUAUGGAAUUGCCACUCGACGUAACUCACCCUACUCUCGGCUCCUUUCCCAGGGAAUUUUACAACUUCAAGAACGAGGUGUUCUUCAUACUCUUAAAGACCGCUGGUGGAAACAAAAACGCGGCGGUGGUGCUUGUGCCGAUGACGCUAAAAAGGGUUCAUCAAGUGUUACCGAACUAAGUCUUGGUAAUGUUGGUGGUGUUUUCGUGGUCCUGGUCGGUGGACUUUCUUUCUCAAUUCUUAUGGCUGUUUGUGAAUUCAUGUGGAGAGCGAGGAAAAUUGCUCCAGACCGGGUACGAACUCGACUACAAGAAAAAUCAAUGUGCGAUGAAAUGGUUCGUGACCUGAAAUUCGCUUUAUCGUGCCAAAGUUCAACUAAACCCGCUCGAACCAGUAUCCGUUACGCUGGUUAUACUGGACCCGAUAAUCUUGAAAAAUCAGCCCCACAAAUGCCGGGAUUUAUAAACUACUAAAAACUGCUAUAAUCAAAACAUUGACGAUCCGCAAUACUUUUUUUAAUCAAAUCAAGAACAAUUAAGGACAAUUAAGAACAGGAAAAAUUGGCCUACAGUUGAACGGGAAAAUCAAACUCGAUGACAAACCAAUCAAUCGACAGAAACAAAAUAAAUGCUCAACUCGACAAAUUGUUUUCGCUUCUCUCUCUCUCUCUCUCUCUCUCUCUCUCUCUCUCUCUCAUUCGCUCCCUUCUCUCGAACGAUUCUCUGUAACUCCUUGUCAAUAUUUUAAACAUCAAGUCAACUUUCAACAAAAAGGAAGAAUAAAAAACUUCAACAACAAGAAA